UCAUCUGUUCCUUUUUGAGGGAGGUUCUUGCGCCGCAUAUACAAACACUCAGUCAAGCAUCCGCACUCGAGCCUGUAGCCAGCAGAGAACUGACCUAUUCCUUCACACAGGAGUCGGCAUGGCGAACAAAGGUCCCACCUUCGGCAUGAGCCGGCACGUUCAGGAUAAGAUCGACAGCAAGUACGACGCCGAGCUGGAGCUGGUGUUGGUGGAGUGGAUCAUCCGUCAGUGCGGCGCCGGCGUGUCAAAGCCAGAGGUCGGAAAGAUGGGCUUCCAGGCCUGGCUGAAAGACGGAUGUGUCCUGAGUGAACUGAUCAACAGUCUGUUCACCGCCGAGAAGCCGGUGAAGAAGAUCCAGAGCUCCACCGCCGCCUUCAAGCAGAUGGAGCAGAUCUCCCAGUUCCUCAACGCCUCGGAGAAGUACGGCGUCACCAAGACCGACAUGUUCCAGACCGUGGACCUCUGGGAAGGUAAGGAUCUGGCGGCGGUGCAGAGGACCAUCUCCGCUCUGGGCAGCUUGGCUUUCACGAAGGACGAAGGCACAUACAACGGAGACCCCAACUGGUUCUUCAAGAAAUCCCAGGAGAACAAGCGGGACUUCAGCGAAGACCAGCUGAAGGCGGGAAAAAAUGUGAUUGGUCUACAGAUGGGGUCAAAUAAGGGCGCCUCCCAGGAGGGCAUGAGCUACGGGAGGUCCCGACAGAUCCUGUAAAGAAGAACCCCACUGAGCCCCAAAAGAUCCCCGAAACCUCUUCAGCCCCCUUAAAGCCUCCAUAGUGCCUGUAAGUGCCCCCCCCCCCAGUCUUAUCACUUGCCCCUCUAUGUUUACACUUGCACUGGUGCUGAUCAUGCGUUGUCCUUCCCACAUGCAGAAAGGACCAGUACAACGGUUGUAGUCUUAACAAACAGGGGGGGGGGGGGGGGUCUAAAGUAACCAUGACGAUGACAAUCAGCCAUAACUGACCACGGUCUCAGAUUAUUUUGUAUUUUUUUUGUAAUAUUCGCUCUGGAUUCCGACACAAGCAUUCACCUGUUUCCGUAACUUACAGAAGAGAUGUUCUUUAGAGUGGUGACCCCACCUGACCCCACCAUGACACACCGACAUUUACAAUACUCCUCUUUAUUUUGCGUUUCCUGUCCACCACGCACCACCAUGCUUCCCCUGCUGUAUCAGUGCCAAUACUUUUGUACAUUGUCUUAUUAAAUAACGACUUUGAAAUACA